UUCCCGCUAUACCUCCGAAACUACCAUACCACUGUGUUUUACCUCUGCAGAUGUACAUGGUUUAAAAAAAAUAAAAAAUAAAAAAAAAAUAAAAAAAAGAGAGGUGAGUGAUGUGACAUUCUAUAUUUUGUUGUUCUGCAGGGCUUCAAGUUCUUGACAUUCUACCAAAAUUAAGAGAACAGGAGGAUGAAGACUUGAUUAUUCAAUGUGAAGCUUUUGAAGAGGCAAUGGCUGAAGAUGAGGAGGAGCUCUUGCGAGUGUAUGGUGGGAUCGACAUGAGUAAUCACCUGGAGGUCUUCACAACUCUCUUUAACAAGCUGAGCAGCUCUCCAGCUUCUCUCCAGCUGCUGUCCAUCCUGCAGACACUGCUCCUGCUGGGGCCAAGCCGCUCUGAUAUCUGGUUGGCUCUGGAGGCCAUCACUAAUAGAGCCAUACUGUUGGCAGAGGACUCUCAGAUAGGGUCAUUUGAGAAGAUCAUGGAGCGUCUGAUGUUCUCCAAGGGCAAGUACUCUGAGGGUGAUCAAGAAGUGGAUGGCCAGCCUGUCAGAGUGGACAAGGCUUCACAGACUGGUCAGCAAGACCAAAACCAGCUGGACAAAUGCUCAGCAUCAUCUCAGGAGCCACUCUUUGCUUCGCCGCCGCCGCCGCCACCACCGCCACCGCCGCCACCGCCACUUCCUCCAAAUAUGACAGGAGGUUCUCUUCAGUGCCCACCUCCACCUCCUCCACUCCCUGGUGGAUUUGCUGGACCUCCACCACCCCCUCCUUUACCUGGAAUGAUGCUACCACCACUACCUUGCGGUCCUGGUAUGGCUCCCCCACCGCCUCCCCCUCUCCCAGGUAUGAGCAACGGACCACCGCCACCACCUGCCUUACCUGGCAUGCCACCACCUCCCCCUUCAGACAUUAUAGUGGCUCAGAGCAGCUAUGUUCUCGGAUGCAGCAUACCUGCAAGAUGUCCCACUCUGAGGAUGAAGAAGCUCAACUGGCAGAAACUCAGAUCUGUUACAGAUGGUCACUCCAUGUGGGCUUCGGUUCAGAAAGAGCCUUCCCCUCACAAGCCGGACUAUAGCAGUAUCGAGCAGCUGUUCAGUCUCCCGGUGACUGAGCGCAAAGACAAGGGGGCAGCUGCUCCUGUCAAGAAGGAGCCUAAAGAGAUUUCUUUCAUUGAUCCAAAGAAAAACCUGAAUCUAAACAUAUUCCUGAAGCAGUUCAAAUGCUCAAAUGAGGACUUUGUGGUGAUGAUUCAGAAAGGUGACAGAACCAGGUUUGAUGUGGAGGUGCUAAAACAGCUCCUGAAGCUCCUGCCAGAGAAGCAUGAGAUUGAAAACUUGAAGUCUUUCCAAGGGGAAAAGGAAAAAUUGGCAAAUGUUGAUCGUUUCUUCACAUCGCUCCUCACUGUCCAAUGUUAUCAGCUGAGGAUUGAGUGCAUGUUGUUGUGUGAGGAGACUGCAUCAGUGUUGGACAUGCUCCAACCUAAAGUCAAGCUGCUUGAUGAGGCCUGUCAUGCUCUCAGGACAAGCACGCUUAUUCCCUCUUUCUGUAGGCUCAUCCUCGACGUGGGCAAUUUUCUCAACUACGGAAGCCACACAGGAAAUGCCGAGGGAUUCAAGAUCAGCUCGCUUCUCAAGCUUACAGAAACUAAAGCCAACAAGAGCCGCAUUACGCUGCUUCAUCACAUCUUAGAGGAAGCAGAAGAAAACCAUCCAGAGCUAUUGGCAUUGCCAGAGGACAUUGAAACCUGCCAAAAGGCUGCAGGAGUGAAUCUGGAUUCUGUCCAGUCCGAAGCCAACACCUUACUUAAACGACUGAAUGAAGCGACCAAGAAAGUCUCCAACUCUGUGGAAGAUGUGAAGGAGCAAUAUGCAAAAGUUCUUGAGGAAAAUCUGGAGGCGUGUCGUACUUUGAGUGAAAGAUUUGUGGAUAUUGACAAGAAAAGGAGUGAACUAGCUGUCUACUUGUGUGAAGAUGCCAGUAAGCUGUCGCUCGAAGAGCUUUUUGGAACAAUCAAGACUUUCCGGGAACUUUUCAUCAAGGCACUGAAGGACAAUAAGACCAGGAAAGAGCAGGCAGCCAAAGCUGAGAAGAGAAAGAAGCAGCUGGCAGAGGAAGAGUCCAAGAGACAGAAGGGAGAGAAUGGAAAAAUAAUCAAGAAAGGCUUUGUGCCACAGGACGACGGCUGCAUAAUUGACCACCUGCUUGCGGACAUCAGGAAGGGUUUCACCCUAAGAAAGACCAGGCCAAGGUGCGAUUCGGAAAGCCUCCCUCAUAGUGAAAUGAGUAGGGAUACCUGCCCACCUGGGUCAACUGUGAAGCCUGCAGGCGAAAACGUCGCAGAAGUAGCGUGCACCGUUUCUACUCCUAUUACACUUCCAACAGAGGCUCACCAAGUUGGCACAGGCGAGGUCAACGGCUUCAUCAGCUCACCAAACGAGGCUCCUUCGACGCAUCAGGCUGUGAUGCAAGUGGCUACCUCACCCCAACCAACUCCAGGGGAAGCCGCCUCGAUUGCACCGGUACCCCCGGAAAGGCCGACAUUGCUACAGGAGGAGCAGAGCUCAGCCAUGGCUACAGUUCCCCAAACUAACCUUCAGGUGGAACCCAAGCCAUGUCUCCUCACAGAUGGUUUCUCUGUAGAUUCAACCGAAACCAGUGUACUCAGCCCAUGCUCCCUGUCAGACACCGACCUGAUCGACGCUGUGUUAGAGGAAACUUCCAGCUUGGUACCUGAGAAGUUAACACCUGAGGAGCCAGCAGACAUUAGUGUGAAUGUUGAACUCGCAGGAAACACUGCUGCUAGAGAAAGGAAUCCAAAGAUGGAUGAGGACAGUCAAACUAGUAAUAAGAGUUGUUUAAAAGAGGCUGAAGGACAAGAGGAAGGUCUAGAUUUGCACGCUGCUAAACCACCUGGGCAGAACGUGGUCGUGAGCUGUGUGCAUGCAGACCCCAAAAGCAACAAGACCCAUACUGAGAGCAUCUUGGGGUGUGAUGUCCAAGAUGGAGUUGAAUUUGAAGAUACUUCAUCACUAAACCCCGAACCAAAGAAACAGCCAAGCUUCUUUAAACGCAACAAAAAGAAGAAUCCAGGCGAUUCCAAAAAAAGGAGAUCAAGAGGAAAAAGGAAAAAGUUGACGUCACAGCAGCUGUAAACUGGCAGGACUCCAGUGUACAAUAUAUUUUAGGAGAUUGCAGAAGAUUGUUUUCUAGACCAAGAAGCGUUUAUAAUCUCGAUCAUCCGAGGCUGGGACUAUGACAACAUUUUGAGUGUAAACAUGUCACCAUGUAAAUGAAUUGUUUUUGAUUGUAACAGAAAAGAGUUGGAAAAUGUGCUUUAUAUGUUUUGUAUCGUAAAAGUGGUAUGUGUUUGCUUUCACCAAUUUAAGACGCUAAUAUAAAAAGAUGGGAGAAAUAUUUAAACAUUUUCUGAUGUAUAAUAACCACUAUCUUAAUGACGGCAUAUAAUGUAACUUAAUGAUUAAUCUUUUAAUAAAAGUAAAUUGACAAUU